GGAAUUCAAAUGGAAUCAUCAUAUUUACAUGCACUAAAUUUGUUUACAUCACAUGUAUACCACACCCUCUGUUGAUAGUUCCAAGCCUCGAGAACAUAAAAAGCGGAUGGUCUACUACAGGUGGCACUUUUGUGACUGCGUACGUGACCCACUAGUAUACUUAUCGAUCUGAUCAACUCAUUCAGAGGAAGAUGUUAACUGCAUUUUUCCUACUCGCCGUGUUAACCUCUUCGUCUGAUGCCCAGUCCGUCUGUGAGCACCCCGCCAACCUGACAUCCGACAGCGGCCAGUUCUCCAGCCCGGGAUACCCAGAUAACUAUCCCAUCAACACGCAGUGUUCAUGGAGCAUAACUGUGCCGGACGGGAAGCUCGUGAGGAUCUCGUUCCUGAACUUUGACCUAGAAGACGACUCUGGGUGUGGGUACGACUCCCUGGUUAUCCAUGACGGGGACAGCACACUUGACUACAGACUCCUGAGCGCCUGUGGAAGCAAUAUUCCGCGGCCCACAGUUUCCUCAACAAACACCGUUCUCGUCGUGUUCACGUCAGACGGGUCAAUCACCAAAGCCGGCUUUUCCGUUGUCUUCACAUCCGAAGAUGCACCAGCAACCUGUGGACCUGACGAAUUCACCUGCAUGACUGGUACCUGCGUAAACGUCAACGCAACAUGUGAUGGCGUCAACGACUGCGGAGAUAACAGUGACGAGUACACAUGUGGUGAAGGCCAGUGCGGCAUGACGCCCAUUCCGCCCGUGUUUCCCGCCAGUCGGAUCGUGGGCGGGUCGGAGGCCUACCCGGGCAGCUGGCCGUGGCAGGUGGACGUGCGGCGCCGAGGCGGGCACAUCUGCGGGGCCGCGCUGAUCCACAGACAGUGGGUGCUGAGUGCCGCACAUUGUUUCCAGAGCAAAGAGCUGAGCAUGUACACCUUCAUCCUUGGGAAGUAUCACAAGUUCGCCACGGACGCCACGGAGCAGGUCUUCCGCCCCGCCGUCAUCAUCAAACACCAUGACUACGAUUGGCGCACAUCAGACAACGACAUCGCGUUGAUCAAGUUGGCCACCCCGGCCACCCUGACGCCGUACGUACAGCCUGUCUGCCUCCCCGAGACCGACCCCAAGGCCGGGCAGCUCACCGUGGCCACGGGGUGGGGAUACACACAGGGUACUGGUGGGGAUGACGUGUUGAAGCAGGUCCUGUUGCCGGUAGUGAAGACCAGUAAGUGUAACUCCACCUCCAUGCACGAUGGCAGCAUCACGGAGAACAUGCUGUGUGCCGGGUACCAGGAGGGGCAGCAGGACACGUGUGAUGGAGACAGUGGCGGACCGCUCGUGUAUCCUGACAACACGGACCAAACAUGGCGCCUCGCCGGGCUCACCAGCUGGGGUAGCGUGCCGUGUGCAGCGAGCAUGCGCCCUGGCGUGUACACGCGCGUCACCAGGUACCUCCAAUGGAUACAGGAGAAAAUGGCAGCUUACUGAAUACCAUCACGAUGGACAUUUUGCCACUAGGCUUUCAUCCGUUGCCAUCAUUCACCGUUUCCCGACUUAAAUUGUAGGGUAAAAGCGCAAAUGCCGACUAUUUAACACGAUCAGUGGGAAAGAAUCGACUCAUAUUGUUGGUAAUAGGUUAUAACAGAUACACAACAUCUACAUAGCAAGAAAC